AUGGAAGUUGCAACCAAAGACGUCGACCCCAAGAAGUCAUCCGCACGUGGCACGAAUCCACCUUGCCAAAAAGCCUGCGGUCACCGACCCGAGCGCCUCCGAGACAACAUCCUCCGGCGACUCCAGAAGCAGAUGAAAGGAACACAAGCAGCCUACACGCCAUAUGCCUAUGGCAGGGAUGGACUCGACUUUGCCAUCGAGGAGGAACAGGGACAGGCUGACGAUGAUGACGAUGAGAUGAGCCGGUCUAGCACCAGCACGGUUCUUGGUCUUUACUACUACCGUACCGGUACCGGUAGCUAG